AUGUCUUCACCCCCACGCAAACCAACACUCAAAGCUCUCGAACCGUUCGAUCAAGGCAAAGAGGCAGGCAAACAAGCAUAUCGUGAGGACAGAGUAGAGGCACUGUUUGAAUUUCAGUACCCGGAAGAGUACCGCAAAGGUUAUGAAGCAGGUGUAAAAGCAGAAAAGAAUCUCGGAAUUCGCGGCACCGAAGAAUGGAAAGUUGAUAGGAUUGCCAAAGAGGCCAAAAAAGCGAAGGAGCUUGAGCUAUUCAAGGCAAUCAGAGAGAGAAAAGCGAAAGAAGCUAGAAGAAUUACGGAAGCGAUUGAGACUGCUCAUCGUGAUGCUGUUACAUUUCAUAGGGAAAUUGAUAAAUCGCGAGGAGCAUCGGAAGAGGAGUUGAAUGAGACUUUUGGGACGGACGUGACCUUUGCAGAUAUGGGAAGAGUAUUAGAAGUCCAUGGGCCUCGUGCGCAAUUGGAUAAGGAUGGCCAGAUUCAGGGCGGGAUCGAGCGUGGUGAAAUAUACGAAAUAAUUGCCACUGGCCAAUGGUUGGAUUUUCGGGCUGGGAAGAAAAAAGUACGCCGAUUCAAUAAUUCUUCGGGUUACAUUGACUCGAGGCAUAGAGUUACGAAUGGAAAGGAACAAAAUGACAACUGGUCAAUCGAUGCAUGA